GAGAGGGUUAAAACCCACUUUUGGGUCCCUCUUCCUUCGGAAGUGCCACUCACCGGAUGGCCUGAACCCAUUUUCUCGAUCGCCAGAACUCCAUCCACCACCCGCCUUCAAUUGCUCUGGCUCCGGCCAGGACGAGAGCUUCGCCUGUCAGGAUUCGGUGACGACAAAUCUCUGCAGCUCAAACCUGCCACUAAGAUAAGUGACACAGGUGACCUAAAAAGAGGGAAACGCUGCAAUAAAGUAGGACAUGUGAAUGGCGAAGGAAGCAACGGAAGUGGAGACUGCCGCUUUUUGAGAGGGAGCUUGGGAGAAAACAAGCAAAAGGGUCACACUGGACCACAAACAUGUAUGCUUUAUACAAUACAUAACACAUAUGAUGACAUUGAAAAUAAAGUGGUUGCAGACCUAGGAUGUGGUUGUGGAGUGCUUAGCAUCGGAACUGCAAUGUUAGGAGCAGGGUUGUGUGUUGGAUUUGACAUAGAUGAAGAUGCAUUGGAAAUAUUUAAUAGGAAUGUGGAAGAGUUUGAGUUAACAAAUGUGGAUAUAAUUCAAUGUGAUGUAUGCUCAUUAUCCAACAGAAUGUCUAAGUCUUUUGAUACAGUAAUAAUGAAUCCUCCGUUUGGGACCAAAAAUAAUAAAGGAACAGAUAUGGCUUUUCUAAAGACUGCUUUGGAAAUGGCAAGAACAGCAGUAUAUUCUUUACACAAAUCUUCAACUAGAGAGCAUGUUCAAAAGAAAGCUGCAGAAUGGAAAAUCAAGAUAGAUAUCAUUGCAGAACUUCGAUAUGACCUGCCAGCACUAUACAACUUUCAUAAAAAGAAAUCAGUGGACAUUGAAGUGGACCUAAUUCGGUUUUCUUUUUAGAAGCCUCCAAAGACAAAAAGCAGCUUAAAACCUAACUACAAUGAAUUAAAAAAAAAAAAAAAAAAAAUGUAUUUACUAAAUUACUGGUCUCCGGCACCAUUUUCUGUUUUCUGUUGCUUUGAUGCAGGCUCUUCUUUGUCUGUCUCUUCUCUUGCUCUUUUCACUGUUCCUAAAUAAUUAAAAGAAAUUUUUAAUAAAUUCAACUGCUCUGUUUUAAUGCUGAGCAUAAUUAUUAAUAAAAUGUCCUAGCCUAUUU